UGUUUAAUUUCCACAGGAAUCCAAAUCAUUUGCUGUCAGCAUUUUCAAGGGCCAGAUCGCGACUGCUCAGGUGUUCCCCUACCCCUCAGUGAUGAACGAGGAGCAGGAGCAGUUUCUCAGGGAGCUCGUCGGGCCUGUCAACAAAUUCUUUGAGGAGGUGAACGAUCCGGCCAAGAACGACGUGUUGGAGAAGGUGGAGGAUCACACCAUGGAGGGCCUGAAGGAGAUGGGUGCCUUCGGCCUGCAGGUGCCAGCCGACCUCUGCGGCCUCGGCCUCUCAAACACGCAGUACGCCCGGCUGGUUGAGAUCGUCGGCAGUCACGACCUCGGUGUCGGCAUCACUCUGGGCGCUCACCAGUCCAUCGGCUUCAAGGGCAUUCUGCUUUUUGGGAAUCCAGCCCAGAAGGAGAAAUACCUGCCAAAACUUGCCACAGGUGAGCACAUCGCUGCCUUCUGCCUCACCGAACCAGCCAGCGGCUCUGACGCCGCCUCCAUCAAGACCACGGCCGUUCAGUCCCCCUGCGGACAAUACUUCACCCUCAACGGAAGCAAGAUCUGGAUCAGCAAUGGCGGUCUGGCGGAGAUCUUCACCGUGUUCGCCAAGACGCCCAUGAAGGAUCCAAAGACCGGAGAGAUGAAGGACAAGAUCUCAGCCUUCAUCGUGGAGAGGAGCUUCGGAGGAGUGACGCAGUGAGCGCACCUUUAUCUCACAGCAGGGUUCACGCAGUCA